UCACAUUGAAGCUGUCAGUUACAAAGUGACAAAACUGGUACCUGGGAAAGAAUACAUAUUCAGAGUUGCUGCCAUGAACAAAUUUGGGGUUGGGGAAUUUCUGGAAUCCGACCCCUUCAUUGCACAAAACCCAUUUACAACACCUAGUGCACCCUCUACCCCUAUAGCGAGUGCUGUGACUGGCGACUCUGUAUUGCUAACAUGGGAAAGGCCUGAGACUGAUGGAGGCUCAGAAAUUGAUGGCUACAUCCUGGAGAAACGUGACAAAGAAGGUGUUAGGUGGACUAAAUGCAACAAGAGAAGACUUAAUGACUUGCGUUUCCGCUGCACAGGGCUCACUGAGGGACGUUACUAUCAGUUUAGAGUAUUGGCUGAGAAUGCUGGCGGUGUUGGGGAACCCAGUGAACCAAGUGAGUAUAUCAAAGUAUGUGAAGCUUCCUAUCCGCCUGGUCCCCCGACCAACCCAAAGGUGAUAGACUAUUCCAGCAGAACUGUGUCUCUGACAUGGUCAAGGCCCAUCUAUGAUGGUGGAGCAGCCAUCAGUGGGUUUGCUAUUGAGAUGAAGGAAGCAAUGGAAGAUGAGUGGAUCACAUGCACACCAAACACAGGGGUAGAGAACACAAACUACACUGUGAUGAGACUGAGAGAAAAUGCUUCUUACAAUUUUCGUAUACGUGCGAUAAACGCAGCUGGGGUUGGAGAGCCUGUGGAUCUUCCUGGGACUGUGGUAGCUGCUGAAAAACUGGAGGCCCCAGAUAUUGAGCUGGACAGUGCCUUGAGGAAGAUUGUCAGUGUUAGGGCCUGUUCCACUUUACGUCUCUUUGUCACUAUCAGGGGUAGACCAGAGCCUGAGGUUAAAUGGUCAAAGGAAGGUGGUGCCUUCAGUGAGCGUGCUCAGAUUGAGGUGACAAGCUCCUACACAGUGUUAUUGAUUGAGAAUGUCAAUAGAAAUGACUCUGGAAAAUACGUGUUGACUGUUGAGAACUACAGUGGUUCAAAAUCAGCUUUCAUCAAUGUCAGAGUAUUGGACUCCCCCAGCGCACCAACUAACUUAAAGGUGAUGGAUGUAAAGAGAGAAUCCGUCUCAAUCUCUUGGGAGGCACCUCUCAUUGAUGGAGGAGCAAAGAUUUCGCACUAUAUAGUAGAAAAAAGAGAGGAGGCUAGAAAGGCAUUCACAAGUGUCUGCAGCAACUGUAUGAGAAACUCAUACAAAAUUGACAAUCUCCAGGAAGGAUGCUUUUAUUAUUUCCGUGUCCUUGCUGUAAAUGAGUUUGGCACUGGCUUGCCAGCACUGAUCACAGAUGCUGUUAAAGUGUCUGAGGCUCCACUUCCUCCUGGCAGGAUCACACUGAGUCAUAUCACUUGCAAUAGUGCAAGCAUCUCUUGGGAGAAACCUGACCAUGAUGGAGGAAGCAAAAUAAUAUAUUAUGUUGUAGAAAUGCAGGCCAAGGGAGAUAACACAUGGACCACAUGUUCAGAGGGUAAAGCACAUGAAGUGACUGUUAAUGGACUGGCAAAAGGAAAGGAAUAUUUAUUUCGUGUGAGUGCUGUGAAUGAAAAAGGGAAAAGUGAACCAAAGUCUCUUUUGGUACCAAUUACAGUUAAUGACACAAGUGCUCAGCCCAUUAUCAAUUUGCUGUCCAACAUAUUCAGUGUGAAGGCCGGAAAUGAUUUAAAGGUUGAUGUUCCAUUUAAGGGUGUACCACCACCAACUGUAGAAUGGAAGAAAGAUGGCAACUUGCUGAAAGAGACAAGCAGGGUAAAUGUGUACACAUCUGACACAUCAUCCCAGUUGACCAUCAAAGAUGCAACCAGAAUAGAUGCUGGCAUGUAUGAGGUGACCGUAGCAAACUCAGUUGGAACCACAUCCAUUGAAAUCCAUAUAAAUGUUUUUGAAAGACCCGGACCUCCAAGUGAGCUCAAUGUGGAUGAAGUGAGCGCUGACUUUAUAUCUUUGUCAUGGCAGCCCCCACAUUAUACUGGAGGGUGUGAAAUUAGUAACUAUGUUGUUGAGAAGAGAGACACAGGCAGCACAAUAUGGCAGGCUGUGUCAGCUACAGUUGCCAGAACAUCAAUCAAAAUUCCUCGCCUAACACAGGGCACUGAAUAUCAGUUUCGUAUUGCUUCAGAGAAUCGCUACGGCAAAAGUCAAUUUGCUGAGUCACAACAUAUUGUUGCUCAGUAUCCUUUCAAGCCACCUGGUCCCCCAAUAAAUCUACUUGUUGUAAAUGCCUCCAAGUCCAUCAUGGUAGUGGCAUGGUGCAAACCAGAAAGUGAUGGUGGCAGCCCUAUUAUUGGUUAUCACAUUGAAUGCAAAGAUCAAAGCAGUAUUUUGUGGAAAAAGUUAAACCGAAAUCUGUUGACUGAGAACCAGUUUAAGGUAACAAGUGUUGAAGAAGGUUUGAUUUAUGAGUUUAGAGUCUAUGCUGAGAAUAUGGCUGGUGUUGGACCAUGCAGUAAAGCAUCUCAGCCUGUAGCAGCUAGAGACCAGUGUGAUCCCCCGAGCAGCCUUACAGUCACCAAUGUAACUAAUAGCUCAGUGUCUCUCUCAUGGGACAAACCAGAAUAUGAUGGUGGGGCUAAAAUAACUGGAUAUGUUGUUGAGCGUAAACAGCAUCCAGAUAGUUGUUGGCUGAAAUGCAACUUUACAAAUCUACUGGACACCUUCUUGGAAGUGACUGGCCUGGAAGAGGGUGAACAGUAUGAUUUUCGUGUGAUUGCCAAAAAUUCAGCUGAGCUGUUUAGUGCACCUUCUGAAACCACAGGAGCUGUUACAGUACAACAUGAUGUAGAGCCACCUAAAAUUACAAUGGAAGACAAAUUUAGGCAAGCAGUUGUUGUAAAGGCAGGAGAACUCCUAAGAAUAGAUGCUGACAUCUCUGGCCGCCCUAACCCUACUGUGUUUUGGUUGAAGAAUGGUAGAAAUAUAUGCACCAAGGGAAGGGUUGAAAUUAUUGCAACAAAAACACAUACCUCUCUACUUAUCAGAGAGAGUGUUAGGAAAGACUCUGGACAGUACACUCUGACCUUACAGAGCACUGGAGGAACAACCAAUAGAGCUGUUACCUGCAAGGUCCUGGACAGGCCAGGACCACCUGCUGGACCUCUGGAAGUCUCUGGACUCACAGCAGAAAAAUGUACCCUGUCAUGGGGACCACCUAAUGAGACUGGUGGUGCUGAGGUCAUGUACUACAUCGUUGAGAAAUGUGAAACCAGCCGUGUAGCUUGGAUAAUUGUGUAUGGUGACAUGAUGGCAACUACUUGCAAAAUAACCAAGUUGCUCAAAGGAAAUGAAUACCUUUUUAGGGUAAGAGCAGUCAACAAGUAUGGGGAGGGUGAAACAUUAGAAAGUGAGCCUGUUAAGGCCACUGAUCCAUUUACAAUCCCAUCUGCUCCAACGGAUGUUGAGGUCACAAGUGCAACCAGUGAUUCUAUGACUAUCUGCUGGAAGAGGCCUGCCACUGAUGGAGGUAGCCGCAUCAGUGGUUACAUUAUAGAGAAGAGGGAGAAGCAGGGUGUUCGCUGGGGUCGUGUCAAUAAGAAACCAGUCUAUGACUUACGCGUCAAAGCCUCCUGCCUGCAUGAGGGAUGUGAGUAUGAAUUCAGAGUUAUUGCUGAGAAUGCUGCAGGGCUAAGUGAACCAAGUUCUCCAUGCCCUCUAACUCUGGCAGAGGAUCCAACGUUUCUACCUUCCCCUCCUGCAAAACCCAUUAUAGUUGAUUCAUCCAGGUGUUCCAUUACUCUGUCAUGGAACAAGCCGCUGUUUGAUGGUGGAGCAGCAGUCACUGGAUACAAAGUUGAAUACAGAAAAUCCACAGAAGACGACUGGGCAGUUGGUGCUCAUAACACAGAUAAAACAGAGUUUGCAGUCACUGGACUCACACCAGGGGCAGUGUACAUUUUCAUUGUCAGAUCAAUAAACAAGAUUGGUAUCAGUGAGCCCAGUCCUGAAACAGAACCUGAAGUGGCAAUGGAGAGGGAGGAGGAGCCAAGGUACGAAAUAAGCCCUGAGAUGAGGAAGACCCUGAUUGUUAAAGAUGGUAGCUCCUUCACUUUGACUGUGCCUUUCUCAGGCAAACCUGUUCCCAGUGUGACAUGGGACAAGGCAAAUGUAGACCUUAGAGUCAGAGGAUUGGUCAACACGUACAACUCUGUGACCUCAAUCACAGUGGAAGGGGCAACACGCGAUGACUCUGGCAAGUACAUAGUCAAACUGCAAAAUGUUGUUGGAUCUACCUCUUUGACGCUGAAUGUCAGGGUUUUAGAUUCACCUGGUCCGCCAACAAAUGUAGCAAUUAAGGAUGUGACAAAGAACUCUGCUACUGUUUGUUGGGAUAUUCCAGAGAAUGAGGGAGGAGCCUCUGUCAAGCACUACCUUGUAGAUAUUCGGGACAUCAGCAGAAAAGGGUGGACAAGACUAACGGACAAAUGCCGCCGACUGUCCUACAAGGUAUCUGACCUGGAGGAGGGAGGAAUCUACUUCUUCAGAAUUACUGCUGAAAAUGAGUAUGGGAUCGGUAUUCCAGCUGAAACCAAGGAAGGAACAAAAAUGAGAGAUACAACAGACUGGGAGACAAACCAAGGAGCUUAACUCUCAAGAGCUUGAAGUAAUCAUCUGCUGAACCUCCUGUCAAAAUUCCUUGUCUAUUUCUCAUCAUCAUUCAGCUUUGCUCAGAAAAAUUAGUUAGUAUGCUUUUGUUACAGAAGAUGUACCGGUAGUUUUUUAAAUAUUAUCUCGUAUUUGUUUUACAAUGUUUUAAAGUAAUCAUUAUUAAAUAUUAAAACGUUUUGAUGCUGUGUUUGUUUUGUUUUUGGCUAAUAAACGAUGAUGUUAAG